GAGCUGCAGGAGAGGAACGCACGGACGGACGGACGGGUGGACAGACGCAGCCCCGGAGGGAUGGCGAACACCCGCCUGCUGCUCUGCCUGCAGCUGUGGCUGUGGGUGCAGGGCUCUGCCCAGGAGCUCGACCCCAACGGCAGGAAUGUCUGCAAGGUGGGCAGCCCUGCCGUGAGCCUGGCGUGCUGCCCUGGCUGGAAGCAGGAAGGGCGGGAGUGCACAGCCGCGCUCUGCGAAGGGGAGGACGCCUGCGGGCCAGACGAAGUGUGCGUGAGACCUGGGCUGUGCCGCUGCAAACCCGGCUUCUUCGGUGCAGAUUGCAGCUCCCCCUGCCCUGCGCAGUAUUGGGGUCACGACUGCAAGAGGCGCUGCCCGUGCCACCCCGGUGGGACGUGCGAGGCGGAGAGCGGGCGCUGCACCUGCAACCCCGAGCGCUGGGGAGAGCUGUGCCAGUUCCGCUGCCCCUGCGGCCCCCACGGCCGCUGCGACCCCACAACCGGCGCCUGCCGCUGCGAGCCGGGCUGGUGGGGUCCAGACUGCAAGAGGCAGUGCCAGUGCAACCUCGCCACCUCGCGCUGUGACACUCUCACCGGGCACUGCCAUUGCCGGCCGGGCUGGUGGGGCAGGAAGUGCAGGUUCAAGUGCUCCUGCAACCUCUCACCCUGCGCCCAGGAGACGGGCAAUUGCAAAUGCAAGGCUGGUUUUUGGGGGUCGGCGUGCCAGUGGCACUGCGACUGCGUGCACGGCUCCUGCAAUCCUCUCAAUGGGUAUUGCAGCUGUGAGCCAGGUUUCCAGGGUAGGAGCUGCCAGGAUCCCUGCCCAGCGGGGACGUAUGGAUCCCAGUGCGUGCACAGCUGUGGGUACUGCAAGCACAGCCAGCCCUGCUCACCUGUGGAUGGCUUCUGCCUGGCGUGCCAGCCCGGCUGGAACGGGACCCUGUGCAAGGAGCGCUGCACGCCUGGCUUCCAUGGCCAAGGCUGCCUCCAGCCCUGCCCUCAAUGCCGGCAAGGGGAUAUCUGUGAUGCAGAGACGGGUUCCUGCCCACGCUGUGAGCCUGGCUGGACAGGACCCAGCUGUAACAGCUCCUGCCCCGCGGGGACAUUUGGUGAUGGAUGCCAGCUGCUGUGCCCCGAGUGUGUCUGGGGGAGCUGUGACCCUGUGUCGGGUGACUGCCUCUGCCAGGCCGGCUACUGGGGAGCCAGCUGUAACGACACCUGCCCGGAGGGCUUUUUCGGAGUGAACUGUUCCUCCCCCUGUCAGUGCUCACGAGGAACCUGCCACCCUGCGCAGGGUGACUGCAUACUGAGUCUGACGGACCACGCAGCUCUGGCUGCUGCCAUCCUCAUCCCUCUCCUCCUGCUGCUGCUCUGUGUUGUUUGCUGCUGCUGCGGUGCUGGCCCUGCGGAUGCCAGAGACAGGGCGGCCGUGCCGGAUGACGACGUGGUGGCCAGGAUGAAGCACCACGUGCAGGGCGUGCUGGCCAAUAUCAGUGCUAUGAUGCCUUGCUUCGCCCUCAACAGCUCCAAGCUUCCCAAAGUCACAGUUUCCCACCACGAUGCAGAAAUCCCCUUCAACCCCAGCUUCAUCGAGUCGCCGUCAGCCGCGUGGGCUUCAGACAGCUCCUUCUCCUCCUUCGACACUGACAACGAAGGGCCCGAGUACUCCGUCCCUCCCAGAGAAGGGGUCCCACUGCUGACGGGGGCUGAGCUGCAGGCCGGGACGUCCCCCCAAAGCGAGGCGCUCUCUGACCCCACCGCCUUCAGCUCUGAGGAUGUCUCGCAGCCCUUCUCCAUUCCCCGCACCUCCAGCAUCGCCAAGGCCAAGCGGCCCUCCGUCUCCUUUGCUGAGGGGACGAAAUUCAGCACAGCAGAGACCCCCAGUCCUGGGCGGAAGCCAAAAACCCUAUGGGGGCCAUCCAAGCUGUCCCUGCAAGCAGGAGAUGCGGGGACUGAGAGCCCCACUGAGCAGGCAGGCAGCGAUGGUUACGAGAGCCCCGAUCCCCUCAGCAAAGGGGACGAAAGCCACCGGCCAUCGCCUCGGGCCACGCCUGGGGGCCGCCGGCGGAUGGUCACCAGCACCAGGCAUGUGGCCCAAAGGGUGGAAGCCCUGGAAGCGGCUGCAAAAAGGGGCAGCUGGGAUGGGAAGAGGAAGGAGCCCAACGUCACCACCAUCUACAUGACGGUAGGGACGGCCGGGCAGGACCCCAAAGCUGAGGGGGGUGUUGAGGGUCCGGUGCAGGCUGUGCUGAAGCGGCUGGGCAGCUUGCAGAGGGGCAGGUGGGCCGCCAAGGAGGAGCCCAAGGUGAGGAGGAGCAUUGAGGGCAUCCAAAAACCGCCCCGCCGGGCCCUGGCGCAGCGCAGGGAUUCGGCAAACGGCUGCAAGCAGAGGGAGAGUGUGCUGGGGGCUCCUGGUGAGCUGAGCCCUGGGAAACAGCAGCACCUUCCUGGCAAGAGGCAGUCCUUCCCAUUGGAAUCGACAAAAAGCACCGGGAGCCAGGAUGGGGUUGGUGAGGGCCUGGGUGCUGCAGAAAGGGGCAAAAGCCUUGAGCUGGCCCUAAGUGUGGAAAGGAAGGGCCGGGCUGCCCACGAGGAAGAGCCGAAAUAUGAGAACGUCAGCAGUAGAAGUGAGGAUGCGCCAAGCAGCCCUGCGGCCACCUGAGCCCCCCAGGCGUGAGGCUGAGGCACAGAGGGACCCACAACACCCUUUGGGUUGUCCCCAGCCUGGGGAAGCUGAGAUCCCCCCCAAAAACCGGGGGUUGAACACGUGGAGCCUUCCCCUUAUUACCCUUCCCUUCGUGCCAUGCUUCGUGCGGCAUCCAGCUGCCCGCGGCCCCAGCAGGUCGUGGUGCUUCGGAGCUGUUUUCCACCUCCUCCAGUCUACGUCCUCCACGACAGCCGGAUGGGAAAUGACUUUUAGUGGGUGUCCUGCGCUGCUGCUGGCCCUGUCCUGCAUCACCACAGUGCUCAGAGGUGGUGAGGGGGCUGCUGGGUGCUGGAGGAGCCACAGCCCCCCCAGGAGCUGGGUUUGGAUGUAUGCAGGUGCUACAUGUUUUGUGCACCUCCUUCUGUCAUUUCAAGCGGCGCAACGUGUGGGAAUAAAUGGUUACCAAAGGA